UCAGAAGGCUAAACAGAAUUCAGUCAGGGACCAACUUGAGUUUGAGUACCGUCUUUCUAUUUGCCGUCCAGCCAUUAUUGGUCGCCUUUCUACGUUCACAGCUAUGCAACGGGUUAAUGGAGCCGUUUUGAUGGCCGCAGCCAUGCUGGCCACGUUUUGGGCAACCGGAGUGGACGCAAAUUCUCACGGUUCUCCGAUUACUGCCUGCGCAGACAUGGGGGCCGUUCACGUUGCGUUUCCAUCAAAGGAUCCGGCAACUUGUCCGUUUGGCAUCACCUUCGCCCAGACGGAAGUAAAUAAAGGUGGCAUAGUCCAAGUUACCCUGUCUGCCAACGCGGUCCAUGACGAUCCUCAAAGUAGGCUGCCCGAAGUUUCCGGCUAUUUCACAGGUUACCUUCUGAUGGCAUUUAAUGCAGAAGAUGAGGAGGCUGGACCUAUUGGCACUUUCUCGGGCUUCAAUCCCAAGCAAGGACAGCACCUUAAUUGCUGGGACCGACCCAUGAGUGCCCUGACACACGUCAACCCAAAUUUCAAGCCAACCAUUCACACGCAAUGGGUGCCUCCCGAAGAGUUUGUCGGUACUGUCAUCUUCAGAGCUACCUUUACGUCGAACAUAGCCACCAUUUGGGCUGCAGUACCGGCACAUAGUAACGUAACUAUCAGGGAUGAUGCGACUACCCCAACGACUACCACGACGACUACCACAACGACUACCACGACGACUACCCCCGCGCCUACGACGCUGGCCGCACCCGGACGCAUGAGCGGAAGUUGGAUUGCGGUCGCCUUUGCCCUCGUCUUGGCAGCCAUGCCAUUCCUGCCAACAUUGUAGAAUAUUCUAUACCUUCCUUUUUCCUGGCUCAUUUCUGUUUGAAUCACUGGAAUGUAGCCCUUUCUUUUAAUACACCUUCCUCUCCA